UUGCCUGACCAGGUCCUCCUCCAUGGCAGGCACUGAACAGAGUAUUUGCCAAGCCCGAGCUUCAGUUAUGGUCUAUGACGAUACCAGUAAGAAAUGGGUGCCAAUCAAACCUGGACAGCAGGGAUUCAGCAGAAUCAACAUAUAUCACAACACAGCCACAAACACCUUCAGGGUAGUUGGAGUUAAACUGCAGGAUCAACAAGUAGUGAUCAAUUACUCAAUUGUGAAAGGACUGAAGUACAAUCAAGCAACACCUACCUUUCAUCAGUGGCGCGACGCACGGCAGGUCUAUGGCUUGAAUUUUGCAAGCAAAGAAGAGGCUACCACGUUCUCCAAUGCAAUGCUGUUUGCUCUGAAUAUCAUGAACUCACAAGAUGGAGGUCCAGCUGCCCAGCGCCAGAUCCAGAAUGGUCCAUCUCCAGAUGAGAUGGAAGCACAGAGAAGACAAGUGAUGGAGCAACAGCAACAGCGCCAGGAAUCUCUGGAAAGAAGAACCUCUACCACAGGCCCAGCUCUUCCACCUGGCCACCCCAGUGGUGCUGCUGUGAUCCCUGCUUCAUCCGGGGGGCCCCCACCUCCGCCACCCCCCCCAGUCCCUCCACCACCCAUGGGAGCCGCACCCCCCCCACCGCCCCCACUGCCAGCUGGUGCUGGCCAAGGGGCCGGCGCUGAAGAUGGGUCAGUGUCAGGGCUCGCAGCAGCUCUGGCUGGUGCCAAACUAAGGAGAGUUCAACGGCCAGAAGAUGGUUCAGGAGGGUCCAGCCCCAGUGGGGUCUCUAAGAGCGAUGCCAAUCGAACAAGUAGCGGAGGAGGAGGAGGAGGACUAAUGGAAGAAAUGAAUAAAUUACUGGCAAAAAGGAGGAAAGCAGCAUCGCAGUCAGACAAGCCAGCUGACAAAAAGGAAGAGGAAAGCCAAAAUGAUGAUGCUAGCACCUCUCCUUCAACCAGUACACGAGGCUCUGCCCAGCAGCAACAAAAUUCUUCAGACUCUGGGAAGAAGCCAUGGGAAAGGAGCAAUUCUGUUGAAAAGCCUGUAUCUUCAUUACUUUCUAGAAAUCCAUCAGUGGUGAAGAGCUGUGAAGCUAAGAGCCCCACACAAUCCCACGUGUCUUCUAGGAUGAAGCCAGUGAGCAGCAGCAAUGAUGUGGCUAUGGAUGCCUUAGAUUUUGAUCGAAUGAAACAGGAAAUAUUGGAGGAAGUUGUAAGAGAGUUACACAAAGUGAAAGAGGAGAUAAUUGAUGCCAUACGGCAGGAGUUGAGUAGAAUCAGUACAACAUAAUGAUUGCAAAGCAUUUGGACGGUACUAAGAAUGCUAGGAAGACUGGAUCAUUUCUAAGUGUACCGAGGUCAUGCAAGAUGGUGAGAGAGGACACCGGCACUGUCUUUGUUCUUACACCCUUUUUAUUAGCAGACUCAGCACACUUUGAAGCUUGCUGCUGCCUUGGAUUCGCUUCAUUUUACAAGUCUUAAUCGAAAGAUUAUUAAAUUUUAAAUUUCUGGAUUUUUUAGAUUUCAUCUGACACUGCACAUUGGAUUUGUCAGCCUUUUUUGUAUUUUGUAUUUGCUUAUUUAAAUGUAUUACCUUUCUUUU